AUGUCUGAAGAAAUAACUCAAAAAACUGAAGAUUUAUCAUUAAAUUCAUCAUCAGAUAAAACAGUAUUUGAUUCAAAAGAUGAAUUUACAGUAAAACAUCCUUUAAAUAAUAGAUGGACUUUAUGGUAUACUAAACCACAAAUUAAUAAAAAUGAAAAUUGGCAAGAUUUAUUAAAACCUGUAAUUAGUUUUUCAUCAGUUGAAGAAUUUUGGGGUAUUUUUAAUAGUAUUCCUCCAACAAAUCAAUUACCUUUAAAAUCAGAUUAUCAUUUAUUUAAAGAAGGAAUUAGACCAGAAUGGGAAGAUAGUAAUAAUUCAUCUGGUGGUAAACUUCAAACACAAUUUUCAAAAAAAGAUACUGGAAUUAUAAAUGAUUUAUGGCUAAGAGGUUUAUUAGCAGUUAUAGGUGAAACAAUUGAAGAAGAUGAAGAUGAAGUUAAUGGAAUUGUUAUAAAUAUUAGAAAACAAGCUUAUAGAAUUGGUGUUUGGACAAAAGAUUGUGAUGAAUCAAAAUUAAGAAGUGUUGGAGAAAGAUUAAAAAAGAUUUUACAAUUAAAAGAUGAUCAAAAAAUUGAAUUUACUUCUCAUGCUGCUUCAAAUACAAGAGGUGCUGAACCUCAAUUUGUUUUAUAA